AUGAUGAACGUGAGCCGACCGGCGGUUCACCCAGUAGAUGCGGUUCCGAUGGCUCCUACCGCGGGAGCAAUCGAUAGACCGCCGGUGAGGAUGAAAGAUGUGCAGGGCAUGCCCGGAACCACCGGCGGUCUCAUCCUCCGUCUCUCUCAGUUCGUCCCUGCUCUCAUCUCCGUCUCCGUCAUGCUCACCACCUCCGAUUUUCGCUCCGCCACCGCAUUCUGUUGUUUGGUUCUUGCGGUUGGACUGCAAAGCCUGUGGAGCUUGUCUCUUUUUCUUGUAGAUGCUUAUGCUCUUCUUGUGAGAAGAAGCCUUCGAAAUCACUUGGUUGUUCAAUGUUUCACUAUUGGAGAUGGAAUCACAUCGACACUUACGUUUGCAGCUGCAUCUGCGGCUGCUGGUAUAACCGUACUCAUCAACGAUCUUGAUAAAUGUAACGUCAACCACUGCACAAGGUUCGAGACCGCCACAGCAAUGGCUUUCAUCAGCUGGUUUGCUGUGUCUCCUUCCUUCUUUCUCAACUUCUGGUCCUUAGCCACCCACUAA